CGCGAUGGCGAAAUUCCUGGCGUUUAAUAUUCGAGGGCUGGAUGGAAAGUUAGCUCGAUAAAACUAGCAGCUAGGGCAAAAUUGUCGGCACGGGUGUCGUCGCUGUCUUUGGCUGGUUACCCUGACCUGUUUUGUGGUUUAGUUAAACGAAACAUCGGCGUUUUUUUGCUCCCGACAAAAGCACACCAUCCUCUCGCUAACUAUUUGCGCGGUAGCAUCAGGAAGCUAAUGCUAGCAUGCCACACUUUGCCUUUUCUUGUGUUUAUCCGGGUAGCUAGCGAGAUAUCAAUCUCAGCUGUUGCAGAAGGGUAGCUGGUCUUCGUGGCUUGCUGAUAAUAAAGAUUUCAGGAAGAGCUGCGUAGAAACUAUCAGUGUGUGCAUCGGCGUGUCAGUCAAGACUUCUGCUGUGCCAACAGACUGACCGUACCUCUUCAGUGGUGUGAAUGAGGGAGACAUGGCAGACCGCACGCCACCUCUGGAGUCUGGCCAGAUUCUCAGCCCUGAACUCCCAAUCCUGGCCUCACCACCACCCUCAGCCAUGGUUAAUGGGGAGGGCCCCCAGCAGGUAAUCCUGGUGCAAGUCAACCCAGGUGAGGCCUUCACUAUUCGACGAGAGGAUGGUCAGUUUCAGUGUAUCACAGGUCCUGCUCAGGUUCCCAUGAUGUCUCCAAAUGGUUCAGUGCCUCCAAUCUAUGUGCCUCCUGGAUAUGUGUCACAGAUCAUAGAAGAGAACGGAGUGAGGAGGGUUCUGGUUUUACCUCAGCAACCAGAUUUCCACCCAGGGGGGCAUUCUCCUCUCCACCAUCCUCCGCCUCCUCCCCAUGCGCACCUGCCUGCCUUCAUACCGCAUCCCGCCAUGAUCCCCCCUCCACCUCACCUUUACACAGGCAUGGCAGGAGGUGUGGGCGACUUGAGCUCCCAGUACAUCUCCCAGUACCACCCAGCUCAUAUCUUCUCAGAGCAGGUCUCUACAGAUUCUCUCUCUCAACAUGGACGCCCAUCAUUCGUUCACAGAGAUGACCGAACUAACAAAACUCAUGAACGUCUUCAGAAGAAACUGAAGGACCGCCAGGGAGGCGGAGGAGGAGGGCAGGUCAAGGACAGUCCUCCGCCAUCACCCCAGAAGUCCUGCAACAGCCCCCCAGUGGUGGAUAUUCAUAACGGCAUUGGAGGAAAAGGGCUAGAGGCAGAUCACAGGCAUAUGGUUGCCUGCUCUGAUAAGCAGAUGGGAAAAGGAAAAAAUGGAGAAUCAAGAGAGCUUGACAAAGAGGCUCAGGUGCUGCUCACAAUUCUGAGUAAUAUCAGUAAACCAGUGGUGUCGGACAUCCAGGCCAGAGGUGUAGUCGUCAGCUGGAGUGCACCCACCAGGCCAGAGGGUGAAAACAACUCUGUGGAAGACAACUCAACCCUUCCAGAUCCCCUCAGCUAUGAGGUUUCCAUCUCUAUUACUGGAAAAGAUGGAAAAUACCAGAGCCAGUACUGUGGGGAAGGACAAAAUGCAACUUUAGAAGACCUUCGACCAGCAACAGACUAUCAUGUCAGGGUUCAGGCCAUGUGUAACUAUUUACUGGGCAGCCCAUCUGAGGCUGUGAGCUUCACCACGUUGAGCUGUGAGCCAGAUCCUCCAAGUCCUCCCAGGAAGGCCAGUGGGAACAAAAACACCCUUUCACUCCAGUGGAAGGCUCCGUGUGACAAUGGAUCUAAAAUUAAAAACUACAUUCUUGAGUGGGAUGAGGGGAAGGGCACAGGUGUUUUUGAACAAUGCUACUAUGGACUUCAGAAGCAGUUCAGAGUGACCAAACUGUCUCCAGCUUCGAGAUACUCCUUUCGCCUCGCUGCAAAAAAUGACAUGGGAGUAAGCGAGUUCAGUGAAGUGGUGGACCUGUUCACCUCAUGCAGUGUGCCAUUGCCACCCUUCCCUCCAGAGCUGGAGAUGGCAGGAGUGACCUGGCUGUGUCUGAAGUGGCAGAGGCCCAGCAGCUCCCCGAAAGAAGAUGACAUCUACUACAUUUUAGAGAUGGAGGAAGAAGGCUCGGGGUAUGGCUUCCAGCCAAGCUAUGAUGGUGAUGAACUCUCCUUCACCGUGAAGAAUCUCCACAGGAGUACAAAAUACAAGUUUAGGGUGGCAGCAUACAACUCAGAAGGGAAGAGUAACCCCAGCCAGGUUGUGGAAUUUAUCACAAAGCCAGACAGACCCAGCUGUCCCUGCAGACCUGUCAUCAGAGGAAGAGUCCAGCCCGACAGCUUUAAAAUGGCCUGGGAGCCCCCUAAAGAAAAUGGCGGUGCUGAAGUCACAAAAUAUGUUAUGGAGUUGUCUGAAGGCCUAAGUGGUUUGUCGUGGGAGCUGGCGUACUCGGGGCCAGCUCUGGAACAUGUGUGUCAUGGUUUGAGGCCUGGCUGCUCUUACCAAACACGAGUUUACUGCAUAAGUGAGGGGGGGCAGAGCCCGCUGUCGGAGACUCUGCAGGUUCAGAUUCCUGCCGUUCCCCCAGGGCCCUGCCAACCCCCUCGGCUGGUGGGCAAGCCCAAAGCCAGGGAGGUGCAACUGCGCUGGGGCCCCCCUCAGGGAGAUGGAGGAAGCCCAGUAACCUGCUACAGUGUAGAAGUGAGUGGACCCCAGUCUGAGGAGAGCAGGGAGGUGUAUCAGGGCCCAGAACUGGACUGCUCUGUGGGCGGGUUAAUGCCUGGAAGAACCUACAGCUUCCGGCUCAAAGCAGCUAAUAAGGCUGGGUUUGGGUCUCUUUCGGAGCGCUGUGAAGUUACAACCGGUCCUGGAGCCCCUGAGCAGUGCAGAGCCCCUGCCACUACAUGCAAAUCUCCAAGUUGUGUAGUUGUGAGCUGGGAGGCGCCUCCUUGUAAUGGAGCUCCGGUGACGGAGUUCCGUCUAGAAUGGGGGGCAGCUGACGGCAGCAUGCAGGUGUGUUACAGCGGGCCGAGUCUCAGCCACGAAAUGAAGGGGCUGCUGCCUGCAACCAUCUACUUCUGUCGGGUGCAGGCUGUGAACGUGGCUGGUGUGGGGCCCUUCAGUGAGGCUGUGCUGUGCCAGACGCCCUGCUCUGUUCCUGCAGCUGUCAGUAACAUCUACGCGCUGAAAGAGUCUGAGCUAAUGAAGUAUGAGACUCCAACAGAUGACGACGAGGAAGAGGAGGAUGAUGACUACCGCCCCCCAUCGGUCUUCUCUCCGUCCACCUGCCUGGGCAUUUACUGGGACGCUCCAUGUGAUCAUGGAUCUGAGAUCACCUCUUACCUGAUUGACCUCGGAGAGAAACAGCCCGUUGUCGUCGGCCCCAUCACUAAACACAUCAUCCAGCAUCUGCAGCCAGACACCAGCUACAGGAUCCGAAUCCAAGCCCAGAAUAGUCUGGGAACGGGACCUUUCAGUCACACCUUUAAGCUAAAGACGAAGCCCCUGCCUCCGCAGCCUCCCCGCCUAGAGUGCACCGCCUUCAGCCACCAGACUCUCAGGCUCAAAUGGGGUGACGGUCCAGCCAAAGCCGCCACCUCAGAUGCCCUCCAGUAUCAUCUGCAGAUGGGGGACAAGAACGGCAGAUUUAUAUCCUUGUAUAAAGGACCGUGCCACACACACAAAGUCCAGAGGCUUAAUGAGUCUACCUCUUACACGUUCCGCAUCCAAGCCUUUAAUGAGGCGGGCAAAGGGCCCUUCUCCUGUGUUUACACAUUCACCACCCCACGCUCUCCUCCACCUCCUCUAAAAGUUCCUAAAGUCGAGCGUCUGGACGACAACUCCUGUGAAGUCACAUGGGAGGCCUUACCGCACAUGAAGGGGGACCCAGUUAUCUACAGCUUGCAGUGCAUGAUGGGGAAUUCUGAGUUUAAACAGACGUACAAAGGUUCUGCCACGUCCUUCCACGUCCCGAACCUCCAGCCCAACAGUGACUACCGUUUCAGAGUCUGUGCUGUCAGGCAGUGCCAGGACGGCACAGAUCUGAGCGGUCCCUACAGCCCCACGGUGACCCUCUCCCCUCAACGAAACGACACUGUGUUGGGCGGCAGCGCGGCCGUUUCGGGAUCCAGGACCAGCACCGAGUCCAAUCGAACCAGGCAGAGCCUGACCGACGAGCAGUGCGCGUUCCUCCUCCUCAUGGUUUUCGCCGUCAUCGCCAUCCUCAUCGCUUUCGUCAUCCAGUACUUUGUCAUAAAAUGAGGGGUCUGUGCCGCCCAGCUGCAGGGUUAUAGCUUUAUUCUCCACCCCCCCACCCCCACCCAUCUCUCUGUUGUUUUGUAUUCUUUGUUUUGUACUUUAACUGUUUUCCGGUUUCAACAGAGAAAUCACAUUAGCUGAAAUGGGGUGCAGCGAGAGGAUGCGCUAGCAGGUAUUAGCUAACCAGAAGUUAUCAAUUAAGGAUGUGACAUCUCAUUCGGCACCUGUGACACCUUCCGGACUCCUCUUGCCUUUGUCACCCUGCCCUAAGUUUGAUAUCCAUCUCUCCGUUCAGUUUUCUGACUCAUCGAUUAGCCUUCCGGGUGAAAAUGAACUCAGAAAGCAACGAGCUUGGGUCAUUUCAGGGGCAGAGUCGAGGGGAGGGAAGUGACGCACGAGUUAGAAAUAAAAAAAAAAAGUCAAUAUUUAUAUUUCCAUGUCCAGUAUGAAACAGUUUUUGAUAAACGUGUUCCAAAAACUAGUUUGUAGGUUUGUCAUUAGCCAAUGUGCUAUUGGACUGUGGGACCUGAUGGGCCAGUGUUUGCACAUUGAGGUGUGUGUUCAGAUGUGUGUGUACUCUGUGUAGUUUGUACCACAGUGUAGACGGCUGGGAGGGCUUCAGGGCCACAUGAAGGGACUUAACCAACCCUAACCCUACUGCAGGAGUUAACGAGUCCAGACAAGAUAAAACAAGAAAAACCUGUUAUAGAACGUUCAUUUAGCACUUUCCAACCUUUUUGAUGUUCAGAAUGUUUAAGGAUGCAAAAAUGACUGGAGAAAUGUUCGUAUAUUUUUGUACAGUAAGGACACAAGGAUCUGUAGGUUUGCAAAGAAGAAAAAAAAAAAAAGCUAAAACUAUAAAGUGAGAAGACAAAAAACAAACAAACGGUGAAUUCUAAUUAUUUUUACUAUCAUAUAGUUAUACUGUAGCUUGUUUUUACAAUCAUGCAGCUGCUUUACUCUGAAAUAUUGUUGUUCAGCACAAAAAUGUAUGCUUUUCUUGUACGUUUCGUUUUGUUCUGUUUUCCCUUGGUAAUUAAUUUUUUGCACCUUAGUGGAAGAAAAUCUUGACUGACUGCAUUUUUGGUCUUGUGAUGCAUUUUAUAGAACACGCGUUGAGAUUUUUUGUGUUUUGGGUGUUUUAAAAGUUGUAGUAUCACUUCAUGUGUCACUGAAACAGCUAAUUAUCAGCAAGAAGAAAAAAAAAAAAAAAAGAGGAAAAAAUAAACAAA